AUGAGAAGUGCUGGUUGUAUACUUAAUGAUCUAUGGGACCAAGACAUUGAUAAAAAGGUUGCUCGCACAAAAUCCAGACCUUUAGCAAACGGUGAACUUACUGAAAAAGAAGCUGUUCUUCUUCUUGGUGGUCUGCUUUCUGCUUCAUUAACUGUCUUGCUACAACUUAAUUCGCUUAGUAUAAUUCUUGGUGCGUCUUCACUUUGGCUCGUUGUCGUCUACCCUCUAGCAAAACGUUUUACUAACUGGCCUCAACUUGUUCUUGGUUAA